UUGACCCCCGAUGCUAGUGGUGCUUCACAUGCACAUAGUACGGCGGCGAUCAACGCGGUGAAUCAAGAGGCUUCAGUUGUUCACUUUUCAAUAUGUCUUCAGACAGUGACGACGAUUUUGUGUUGUAUGAGAAUAGUGCACUGAAAAUGAUUGUUUUAGGUAAUAGAAGUUGUGCAAUGCACCCUGUAAAUAUGCAGCGUAAGGAAUUUGGAGAGUACCACCAUCUGUUUCCCCAGUUGAAGAAAUAUCCAGAUGGAUUUUUCCAGUACACCAGAAUGGAUUACAGUACCUUUGAAUAUAUAUUGAACUUAAUUUCUCCUCAUAUGGAGGUCAAAUAUACAAAUUUUGUAAAGCAGCCGAUUGAAUGUGACGAGAAGCUACUUAUUACACUCAGAUAUCUGGCUACCGGCGCAUCCUUUAGAAGCCUAUCAUUCACAUUUAGAAUUGGAGCUUCAACAGUAAGCAAAAUAGUAAGCGAAACUAUGAAACAACUAUGGAAUGUUUUGCAACCAAUACACAUGCCUGUACCUACGUCAGAUACGUUUCUUCGCACCAGCCAAGAGUUCUACAAUAUUUGGAAUUUCCCAAAUUGUAUUGGAUGCAUAGAUAUCAAACACGUUAGAAUUAUUUCCCCUCCACAUUCUGGAACGAUGUUCUACAACUACAAAAAGUUUUAUUCAAUAGCUUUACAAGGUGUUUGCGACGCUCAGUACAGAUUUUCUAUGAUCGAUGUUGGAGGAUUCGGUAAACAGAAUGAUGGAGCAACACUAGCAGCUUCAGAUAUGUACUUACAAAUUAAAAAUAAUCAGCUAAAUAUUCCAGAUGAUAGUUAUUUACCAGGGACAUAACGUCAAAACAUCUAUGGUUUUUUUAGGCGAUGAAGCUUAUCCUCUGUCCCUUCGAUUAUUAACACCUUACCCAGCUGACAACCUAACGAUGGAAAAAACUGCAUACAACUUUCGGCACUCAAGGGCGAGAAAAACAAUUGAGUGUACAUUCGGAAUAUUGUAUUCAAAAUGGAGAAUACUCGCAAAGAGUAUUGAAGCUAAACACGAGACUGCCGAUCACAAAGUUAAAGCUGUUUGUGUUCUUCAAAAUACAAUAAUUGACAGAGAAGGAUUUGAAAGACAUUUGAGCGAGGUAAUACCUGGUGAAAAGACUUGAGGCGAUACCGAACCUGUGCCAAGACGAAGGGGCCGACACCUAACUGCAGCAUUGCUUUUACGUGAUACAUUCAAGGCAUAUUUCCAGGAAAACCCCAUCAAAUUUAAGAAAGACAAUGAGCAAUAAUUUUAAUGUUUUGUUUGUGUUCUAAUAAAUGAAUUUCUCGUACCUGUA